GUCCGAUACGUCGACUCCUUGCCGUAUCGACUCGUUACCUGCGCCCCCUGCACCGUGUUGAUCAAGAAAUGAUUGUCCCACGGAGCAAAUGACUGCAGGAGUACAUGCAGUGAGACAGCCUCAGCUGUAGGCCUCCGGAUGGCCGCUCCCUCCGCAACGGCUGACCUGGCUCAGAGGAACAGCCGCGAAUAUGAGCAGCAGGCGCAGCUUUCUCAGGGUCUCCAGCCAGCAACGCAAUGGCAUUUUAUCUCCGCACAACCGACCAGCAAACUCGAGGAGAGCCGCAACAAGGCCUUUGUCCGAGCUCACGUAUCCCGGCGUUCUUGGGCUCAGGCGGUCACCAAAUCAGAGCAGCGACAGACAUCCUAUCGAUCUCAUGCGCCCGAACCGGACAGAGUCACUGUCGACCUAAAUGGAGCGGCGAAUCUGCAGCACCAAGAGAGGCUCCGAAGAUCAUCUCGACCACGACGGCCUCACACGCCGCCGCCAAUCUUCUCCGCAAUCAGCGCCGCAAACUUCUCUCUCGACCCCUUCGAGACCUACCCGAGCAAUCUGCCCCAUCAGUUUAUCGACCGGCUCAUGCCGAGCAUUAUCAACCAAACAGGCCGACUUCUACCACCACUCCGGCCGAAAGACAGGAAUGAACGCUGGGGAGUCUUCACCGCCUCGUGGAUCCGAGCCGCGAUCCAUGACCGUGCAAUGUUCCACACGGCGCUCUUUGCAUCCCUCUUCAACUCCAGGCUGCUUGAAACCCAUUCGGCUCCAACACGGGAAGAGCUUCUGUGCUACCAGAUUUCACUGCAGGAGAUCAAUCGCAUGCUCCAGGACAUCAAGCUCGCAACCAGCGACGAGGCCGUCCAGACGGUGUGCUGCAUGGCCUUUCAUGGAGACGUCAUCGUCAAGCGACCUCGCAAGUCUCCACGUCAAGGUCCAUUCCAAACCUUACAGAUGUUGGAUCUCUAUGGAGGGACUGUAUCGUCAUCCACGUCGCAUUCCCGGGGAAUGGUCAGCAUGCUGGAAGCGAAAGGCGGAAUAGGCAAAUUGAAGAUUGAUGGAUUGCCUCAGAUAGUGUGCUACCUCGAUAUCAUGUGCGCGAACCGAGAGAUGGCGCGGCCGGUGUUCCCGUUCGUGCCACGGUUUGGAAGCCCCGCAGACGAGCUUCUUCGAGUCGCCGCUGCGUGUCCUUCUCUGCCCGUGCUCGGUACAGGUUUUUCGGUCCUCGAACGAGUCCUCGACGCCGAGCAAGUGGCGCCUCUGAGCACGGUUCUUCGCUGCAUGUCCGCCUAUACUUUGGCACUGGAGUCCUUUGCCGUCGACAUCCAACACUUGCUCACCCUUGGCCUACUUGCAGACCUGCGCAACUUUGUCCAACAUAGUCUGUUGUCACUAACGCCCCGUCGAAGCUCGAAUUCGGACAGGGUGCCUCCGUUGUUCGAAAUGUGCCACACGGUCGCCAUCGUCUAUAGCUGGAUUGUGAUCUUCCCCGCCCCUGUACAGGCCAUGCCGUUCCACGAAGCAGCCAUGCGGAUCAGGGAGCUGUUGGACAGCGACCAAGUCGACAGCUACUGGACCGAGGUGCCAUGGCUGAUGAUUUGGAUUGUCGUCAUGGGCGCGAUUGCGUCCUUGGGGUCUUGCCAAGAGCAAGGCUACGUUCGCUUCCUCAGCCGAGCUCUGCAACGACUAAACAUCCACAGCUGGACCGUGUUGAAGGGCCGGCUGGAAAUGUUCUUGUGGUACUCGCGCGCCAGUGAUCUCGACGGGCUAGACCUUUGGCAGGAGGUAGUCCAAUCGCGGGUUUGAUGUCCGAAUGAGACUAUGUCUAAAAACAGUUGUAAAUCUGUUAGGAUAUGAUGAGACAGAAUCAUCUGGUCGUCAUCACGGGGGCUAGACCGUAACCCGAGAAGACGAGAACGUCAGAACAAGGGUUUCGCUCACUGCUACCCAAAGCGACACGACAUAACUAUACCUAGACACAAACUCGACAUCGCCACUUGCGAGCUGCAGCACAGGUAGGUCACGGAUAAUCGCUCACCCGCCUCGCGCGAGCCGGUGGUGAGCCACAGAGCAGCAUCACCCUGAUCCCCAAAGCGGGUGAGCCGCGAGCAGUUUUUACUCAUCUUGGCAGACUUCAUCGCCCAAACAAGUUGACUGAUUUUACUAUCAAUACUUCGCGCAAAAGAACGACUUCAUUUUUUGCGAAGGGACGUUGCAACGAUGUCCAGGGGGAGUAAGCACGACCUUUUGGACCCGCUGAGCCGCCGAGGAGCUCUGUGACAGGCUGGGUUGGCGCACCACCAAAGUGUGAGCUGAUGUUCCAGCAGAGACACGGCUCGGGAGGACUAUCAAUCACAACCAUGGCCAGAGCAUUGGCUAGAGAACAAACUGUCGACAGAGAUAGAAGAUUGUCUCGGCCUCAACACAACUAUGACACAUUGCCCCUUCUUGCAGUUCACUUCGGUCUCAGUCGAUACCUAGGUCAAGUCAGACCUUUAUGAUACUCUACCAACCCACCAGUUGUGGACUCUCUGCUGUGGUGACUUUUUGCGAUUGCAGGCAAGAUUCCAGGUUAGAAAAGCCACUUAGGAGAGCGUCCUAGGGCCGAUGUCCACAAGUCUCAGCAUCUCGCACGAUUCUCGCAUGGCACUCCAAACUUCCUUCCCUUGCAGAGGGACCACUAGCCAGGGUACCUUUGCAGCCAAUGUUGAAUCUCGAGAUAUGUGCUUGCUCUAUCAACAUAGAGUAAACACUUGCAAGAUUCAACCAUGACUGGCGUGGCCACCAGGCACGAAGGGAUCCUGCUGACGGAGACAAUGUAGUGACAGCUUGAUAAGCCCCACAGCUCUUCGAUCUGGAUUCAUCACGCUGCGUCCUUAAUCUGGGGGAUUCAAGCCAUCAGCUUGUGGUGUUGAUAGUCAAAACAAGGGUUGCAGAGCUCUUCCGUUAUCAGCACCAGCUCUGGCGCACUCCAAGCGGUCCGGUAC